AUGGCCGCCCAGUCGACACUCCGGAGGCCGGAGGAUCCCCUCCUGGCGCUCUACCUCCGUUACUCAGAGCUACUGCGCUCACGCAUGAAACAUCCAAGGACGCAACUGAUCGCUACCAUUGCGCUGCUACUAUCGAUUAUCGGCUCAGGCUAUGGAGGAUACAAAUGGUUCCAUGAGCGGGCCAAGGAGCGUGCUCAAGGCCAUCGAUUACAUCGACGAAACUCUGGCAUCAGAGGCAAGGAUGGGUCCCGCACGAUCUAUGUUCCUUACAAAGAAAGUACCUCGAAGGUCUUGAUCCAUCCGACUAAGCCAACAACCUUUGAUGCCCAUCGGCGACUAUUCUUGAACCCACCGGCAUCAGCUCGCAGCAGUGAAGAUGGGUCUGCGAUCCCUCCACCAACGACCAAGCCUGGACUUAAUUUGGCCUUUUUGCACCAGUUUUUGAGUUUAGGAAGCAUUAUGGUCCCACGAUGGGGUAGCAAGGAGACCGGGUUAUUGAUGAGCCAUGGCGUGUUCCUGCUACUUCGAACGUAUCUAUCGCUGCUUAUCGCACGGCUUGAUGGAGAGAUUGUCAGGGAUCUGGUUGCUGGUAAAGGAAAAGCCUUCCUCUGGGGUAUCGUCAAGUGGUGCGGCAUCGGUACCCUCGCCUCCUACACGAAUGCGAUGAUCAAGUUCCUCCAGUCUAAGGUUUCGAUUGCCUUCCGGACCCGCCUAACGAGGUAUAUCCAUGACCUCUACUUGACCGAAAACCACAACUUCUACAAAUUGAUGAACUUGGAUGGCGGCAUCCAGGGCCCCGAUCAAUUCAUCACGCAAGACCUGACCCUGUUCUGCACCGCUGCAGCAUCACUGUACUCAUCAUUGGGUAAACCUAUGGUGGAUCUGUUUGUCUUCAACUACCAGCUUUACCGCUCUCUUGGUCCUCUCGCUCUAAGCGGAAUUCUCACCGGCUAUUUCAGUACGGCUGUGGUUCUCCGGAAGCUAUCGCCGCCAUUCGGGAAGCUUAAGGCCGUGGAGGGCAAGAAGGAAGGUGACUUCCGCGGCCUCCACUCUAGACUCCUAGCCAAUGCCGAGGAGAUCUCGUUCUACGGCGGAGCCGACACCGAGCGUGUCUUCCUCGUUAGGAGCUUCAAAGAGCUCCAGCGGUGGAUGGAGGGGAUCUACAGCCUUAAGAUCCGCUAUAACAUGCUGGAGGAUAUGAUCUUGAAGUACUCUUGGUCCGCCUUUGGCUAUUUGGUCACCUCUUUACCUGUCUUCCUUCCUGCCUGGGGCGGAUUGGGCGGCGCGAUGGAGCUAGCCGAUGCUGCAGGAGGCCGCGAGCGAGGCAGAAUGAAGGAAUUCAUUACUAACAAGCGACUGAUGCUCUCGCUUGCGGAUGCGGGUGGCCGUAUGAUGUACAGCAUCAAGGAUAUUUCGGAACUGGCAGGAUACACUUCGCGUGUAUACACCCUCAUCGCUACCCUUCACCGGAUUCACGCCAAUGCAUACUACCCAAAUCGCGGCUCAGAACUGUACUCCCUUGCUGACGUCCAGGGUACUACCCACAAUGGCUUCGAUGGUGUCCGCCUAGAGCAAGUUCCCAUUGUCGCCCCCUCCCUCUAUCCAAUGGGCGGCGAUGAACUGAUCGAAUCCCUAUCAUUUAUCGUCCACUCUGGCGACCACCUGCUCAUUUCAGGGCCCAACGGUGUUGGCAAGUCUGCUAUUCCCCGUAUCGUGGCUGGCCUAUGGCCUGUCUACCGCGGUCUAGUCAGUCGGCCCCGGCCCAUUGGGCUCGACGGCAUCAUGUUCCUCCCCCAGCGCCCCUACCUGAGUGUGGGUACCUUGCGUGAUCAGGUUAUCUAUCCUCAUACCGAAAUUGAUAUGCGAGAGGGUGGUGAGUCCGACGCAGCCCUGCAGAAGAUCCUUGAUGCUGUACACCUAGGCUACCUGCCUCAACGCGAAGGUGGCUGGGAUGCUCGCAAGGAGUGGAAGGACGUGCUGAGCGGUGGAGAGAAGCAGCGGAUGGCCAUGGCCCGUCUGUUCUAUCAUGAGCCUCGCUAUGCGUUUAUCGACGAAGGCACUUCCGCCGUCUCCUCCGAUGUGGAGGGCGUUCUUUACGAGCGAGCCAAGGAGCGCGGUAUCACACUCAUAACCAUUUCUACCCGUGCAUCUCUCAAGAAGUACCACACCUACAACCUGACCCUUGGCCUCGGCGAAGGUGAUCUUUGGGAGUUUGAGAGAAUCGGCACCGAGAAGGAGAAACUCGGGGUCGAAAAGGAGCUCCAGGAGCUGCGCAAGCGUCUGGACAAGGUUGACGAGUGGAAGAAGCGCCGGGAGGAAAUUGAGAAUGAACUUGGCAAAGUUUGGGCUCAUGAUGGGGAAGUCGCUCCUCCUCCUUACCAAGAAGAGGAAGCGAAGCCAGUAUCUGAGACUGGCGCUGAGGCACCUGUUGAGGAGAUUGAAGCGAUCACGAAUUGA